UUAUCAAUUUUCAACAUGGCCGACAAAACAAUGCUGGAUCGAAGCUGAGAUUUUGCUUGUCCGCCUGAUUUCGCCUUCAAAAUCUAAAUGCCGCACGUCAAGGACGCCGACACGUAUUCUUGAAUCGUUUUGAUAAGUUCUGAAACAUCAAGCAAAGUCCGAAACCAGAAUGUAUUGCCUGCAGUGGUUAAUUCCUGUGCUGCUGAUUCCGAAGCCUGUGAAUCCGGCGCUGCUGCAGACGCACGUCAUGUUCAUGGGCCUAUACCUAAUCAGCUUCUUCCUCGAACGCAAGCCUUGCACCAUCUGCAGUGUUGUGUUCCUCAUCGCCGUCUCGCUCAUCUGCUACUCGGGCUACAACGGUUUUGGUGGAAACUGCCUCUUCUGGAACUCCGAGUGCUCCGCCUCGGCCGAAGAGAACUGAAAGAGACAAACGAAUAAUGAAACGGAAAAGCAGUGUGCGCGUUGUGAUAUAAGAAACCGAGACUUUGCUUCAGGUCCCAAUACAGAGUGGAUCCUCUAAUUCCUGUCAUUGACAACCAUUUACAUAUUUUGAUGUUCGUCGAUAGCCCUGCGCCAUUUUUAAUAUAAAUCGAAACCCUCUGUGCAGGAAUUGGAAGGAAAAUUUAUUAUGUUCCAUCAUUUGUUGAUAAAUUACAAUAAUUAGUAACGUUGAGUAAUACUUAA